AAUUGAAGUGAUACCAUGCAAAAUUUGUGGUGAUAAAUCCUCUGGGAUACACUAUGGAGUCAUCACAUGUGAAGGCUGCAAGGGAUUCUUUCGGAGGAGUCAGCAGAACAAUGCAUCCUACUCCUGUCCAAGACAGAGAAACUGUUUAAUUGACAGAACCAACAGAAAUCGUUGCCAACACUGCCGACUGCAGAAAUGUCUUGCCCUGGGAAUGUCUCGAGAUGCUGUGAAAUUUGGAAGAAUGUCCAAAAAGCAGAGGGAUAGCUUGUACGCUGAAGUACAGAAGCACCAGCAGCGACUGCAGGAACAGCGGCAGCAGCAGAGUGGUGAGGCAGAAGCCCUCGCCAGGGUUUACAGCAUUAGCAAUGGUUUGAACAAUCUGAAUAACGAAACUGGCAGCACCUACUCAAACGGGCAUGUCAUCGAUCUGCCGAAGUCUGAGAGCUUUUACAACGUGGAUUCUGCCCAGCCCUCCCCAGACCAGUCUGGGUUAGACAUGACUGGAAUCAAACAGAUAAAACAGGAACCUAUCUAUGACCUCACCUCUGUACCAAACUUGUUUACCUAUAGUUCUUUCAACAACGGGCAAUUAGCUCCAGGGAUAUCCAUGAGUGAAAUUGAUCAAAUUGCACAGAAUAUCAUUAAAUCUCAUUUGGAGACGUGUCAGUAUACAAUGGAGGAAUUACAUCAGCUAGCAUGGCAGACCCACACAUAUGAAGAAAUAAAGGUUUACCAGAGCAAGACAAGAGAAGCUCUGUGGCAGCAGUGUGCCAUUCAGAUCACUCAUGCUAUCCAGUAUGUGGUGGAGUUUGCAAAGCGCAUAACAGGCUUCAUGGAGCUCUGCCAGAAUGACCAAAUUCUCCUUCUUAAGUCAGGCUGCUUGGAAGUGGUUUUGGUGAGAAUGUGCCGUGCCUUCAACCCACUUAACAAUACUGUUCUGUUUGAAGGAAAGUAUGGAGGGAUGCAAAUGUUUAAAGCUUUGGGUUCUGACGAUCUGGUAAAUGAAGCGUUUGACUUUGCAAAGAAUUUAUGUUCCUUACAGCUGACUGAGGAGGAGAUAGCCUUGUUUUCAUCUGCUGUUUUGAUAUCACCAGAUCGAGCCUGGUUAAUAGAGCCAAGGAAGGUCCAGAAGCUUCAGGAAAAGAUUUACUUUGCUCUUCAACAUGUUAUUCAGAAGAACCACCUCGAUGAGGAGACAUUGACAAAGUUAAUAGCCAAGAUACCAACAAUUACUGCACUUUGCAACUUGCACGGAGAGAAACUGCAGGUAUUUAAGCAAUCUCAUCCAGACAUAGUGAACACACUGUUUCCUCCAUUGUACAAGGAGCUUUUCAAUCCAGACUCAACCACUGGCUGCAAAUGAAGGGGAUAAUAGAAUUUUCAUGUAGUCAUGGAAUGCAUCACCAGUAAGACAAAAAGAAAUGUUUUAAUGAAAAAAUUAUUAAAAAUGUCACUACUGCAACACUAGGAAUGUCCUGCACUUAAUAGAAUUAUUUUUCACCGCUACAGUUUGAAGAAUGUAAAUAUGCAACUCUGAGUGGGGAUGUCGUUUUUCUCCUUUGUUUACUUUUUUUUUUUUUUUUAACUGACAAUGAAUAUACAAAUAUAGGACACUAGGUGUUACCUUUUUUUUAAUUUACUUUUGUUGGGGGAUGUGUUUUGGGAGACAACUGUUCCUAGAAUUUUAUUGUAGAUAUACAUGAUAAUAGAGCAGUACUUUGCAGUAUUACUCUUGCUAUUCAUUGUUCAAAUAUAAUUUAAGAAAAUUCCACUUAUUAAACUGUCUAGUUCUAUGUUUUUAGAUAGUUUAAUGCACGUGGAAAUUUGUAGCUUUCUUGGAAAUUAUGGUGCAUAUAUGGAAGACACACACACAUAUGUAUGUACAUAUAUAUGUAUGUAUGUAUAUAUGUAUAUAUGCAUUAUAUGCAUACAUGCUGUAACUUAAGAUCACAUGCCUACAUUUAAAGGAUACUCAACCCAGCUGUCAUGUAUUUCUUACUCUCCAAGUAAUGUAUUAGAUUUAUUUUGGGCAAUCAAGAUUUGCUUUGCCAGCAUUAAAUUGUCAGCUGCCAAUGUGUAACGACAGGAUCACUUCUGAGAUGUCUGUAAUGUAGUGCAUGUGUGCUGUGUGUAAAUCAAACAUCAGGAAUGUACCAAUGGUGCAAAAGCCUUGUCUGGAUGGUUUUAGUGAAGACAGAAAUAGGAUUGGGGUGUUUCUUUAUUUUCUCACUGUUACAGGGAUAGAACAUAUAAAAUUGAACAUAGUAGGACCUGAUCUCAGUAAAGUAUCUGAAACAUGGAGUAAAAAUGUAGACAAUCUCAUAUGUACAUUUUUCUGAUUUCACACAUGAUUUUGUUUUAUAUAUACUUCUUUGAAAAGUAGCUUCAAGUCUUGAUUUGUUUUUUGCUGAACUCAUUAGAAAGAUAGGUAGCAGGCUCAGUGAAAACCAUAGCAAGGGUAAAAUGUUAUCUCUGAAGAGGAAGGAAAGGAGAAAAGGAAGAGGAAAGUCAAAAGUGAGUGAAGUCCAUGGUUACAAAGGACAGGAUAAUUGUCAUCAUCUAGAUGGGACUGAUGGUUUCCAUUACACUCAUACAUCUGUGUAUGUUUCAAACACAUGCACAUAUGUAUGUAUAUAACUGUGUAUAUAUAUAUGCAUAUAUAGGAUUUUUUUUGGAUGCAUUUCAGGAAUGGAGCACAGGAUUGGAGCUUUCUUUUUGUCUGUCUCUGAAUUGACUGUUAUGUGCAUUUGCUUGCAAACCAAAGGCAAACACAGAGGGGAGUGGAAGGCUGCCAUGGACCUAAUCUUGUGGAUUAAUUAAUUUUAAUCACCAGUCAUUAUUAAUGUAUCUACAUUCUACCAGUAGUACUAAACAGAGAUGUUUUAGCUAUGAAAGAGAGAUUCAGUUUCUACUGCAUCUCUCUUUACCCCCACUUUUACCCAUUGUGAACCUUUUCAGAGCGGUCUCCUCCUGGGAUGCCAGCAGAGGGCAUAGAGCAGAAGUAAGAAGGAGCAGGCAGGGAAGAAGAAAGGAAGUGAAGGCAGGAUCACAAGCAGAUGCAGUUUAUUUCAAACCGUGCAGAAGCCAGUGCAAUCUGAGGCAAGGCAAGGGGGGAGCACAAAGGAGCUGCCCAUUGUCCAGGCUCUUGGAGGGUCAGCUUCACAGGGAACCCACAGGGCUCUAGGGUGGGUGAAGAAAAUCGGUCUGUUGUAGUGAUAAUGCUUUGUGCAGCUCUGGUCUCAAACUUCUCUUUUCUGCAUGAGAAGAUAAUUCAUAGGCUAUUUCAAGUACAGUAAUUUCAUGAUUCCAAGCCAUACUGACUGUAAGCCACGUCUCCGGAUGUCGGCAACAUUUUGUUCUUUGUCCAUACAUAAGCUGCACCUGAUUAUAAGCCUCUCUGUUGUUUGCAGCAAGG